GCUGGAACCGGGAACCCAGCGAGCGCCUGACCUUCCUCUUCCCCUUCCAUACCCCUUUGGCAACUUCGGCUCCAGGGGAAGGUUCUAGCCGCCGCAGUAGGCCCCCCGACCCUUUUCCUAGAAGGCUGGUGAUGGAUCUGCUUCUGCCCCCACCGGGGCACUUGUAGUGCGCUGGUGGCACGUGAGCCUGGCACUGCCCUCCACCACCCUCCGAGCCUGGCUGCGUCGCCUGAGCCCCCUUCCUUUCCGCGCCCCAAAUCGCCAGCAUUCCGAGAGCGGGAAGAGGGGGCCCUCCGGCACAGUCCUGCCGAGAUGUCCGCGCAAAGUCUGCUCCACAGUGUCUUCUCCUGCUCCUCGCCGGCGUCCGGCGGCUCCGCCUCAGCCCAGGGCUUCUCCAAGAGGAAGCUGCGCCAGACCCGCAGCCUAGACCCGGCCCUGAUCGGAGGCUGCGGGGGCGAGGCAGGCGCGGAGGGCUGCUCGCCAGGGGCCACCGGGGGCCGCCUCUGCUCCCCACUGCCCCCGGUCGAGGGCCCCGGACACCGCUCGGCGUCCUCUCCCCGCGGCCCACACCCCCGGGCCAGCCGACUCCCACCUCCUAGACCCCUCUGCGCAUCCUUCUCCACCCCAAGCACCCCACAGGAGAAGUCGCCCUCGGGCAGCUUCCACUUUGACUAUGAGGUUCCCUUGAGUCGCAGCGGCCUCAAGAAGAGCAUGGUCUGGGACCUGCCUUCAGCCCUGGCUGGGCCGGGCAGUGGCCGCAGCGCCAUCCUCUGCUCCUCCGGGGGAGGCUCCAACAGCAUCUUCGCUUCUCCCAGGAGGUGGCUCCAGCAGAGAAAGUUCCAGUCCCCACCCAACAGCCACGGGCACCCGUACGUCGUGUGGAAGUCCGAGGGCGAUUUCACCUGGAACAGCAUGUCGGGCCGCAGCGUGCGGCUGAGGUCGGUUCCCAUCCAGAGUCUCUCAGAGCUGGAGCGAGCCCGGCUGCAGGAAGUGGCUUUUUAUCAGUUGCAGCAGGACUGUGACCUGAGCUGUCAGAUCACCAUUCCCAAAGAUGGACAAAAGAGGAAGAAAUCUUUGAGAAAGAAACUGGAUUCACUAGGGAAGGAGAAAAACAAAGACAGAGAAUUCAUCCCGCAGGCAUUUGGAAUGCCCUUAUCCCAAGUCAUUGCAAAUGACCGGGCCUAUAAACUCAAGCAGGACUCACAGAGGGAAGAGCAGAAAGACACAUCUGAUUUUGUUGCUUCCCUCCUCCCAUUUGGAAAUAAAAAACAAAACAAAGAACUGUCAAGCAGUAACUCAUCUCUCAGCUCCACCUCGGAAACACCAAAUGAGUUGACUUCCCCGAACACCCCAGAACCAGCUCCUCGGGUCAGAAGGAGGGGUGCAAUGUCAGUGGACUCUAUCACAGAUCUUGAUGAUAAUCAAUCUCGACUGCUAGAAGCUUUACAACUCUCCUUGCCUGCUGAGGCUCAAAAUAAAAAAGAAAAAGCAAGAGAUAAGAAACUCAGUCUGAAUCCUAUUUACAGACAAGUUCCCAGGCUGGUGGACAGCUGCUGUCAACAUCUAGAAAAACAUGGCCUCCAGACAGUGGGGAUAUUCCGAGUUGGAAGCUCAAAAAAGAGAGUGAGACAAUUACGCGAGGAAUUUGACCGUGGGGUGGAUGUCUCUCUGGAAGAAGAGCACAGCGUUCAUGAUGUGGCUGCCUUGCUGAAGGAGUUCCUGAGGGACAUGCCGGACCCCCUUCUCACCAGGGAGCUGUACACAGCUUUCAUCAACACUCUCUUGUUGGAACCGGAGGAACAGCUGGGCACCUUGCAGCUCCUCAUUUACCUUCUACCUCCCUGCAACUGUGACACGCUCCACCGCCUCCUACAGUUCCUCUCCAUUGUGGCCAGGCAUGCCAAUGACAACGUCAGCAAGGAUGGCCAAGAGGUUACUGGGAACAAAAUGACAUCUCUAAACUUGGCCACCAUAUUUGGACCCAACCUGCUGCACAAGCAGAAAUCAUCAGACAAAGAAUUCUCGGUCCAGAGUUCGGCCCGAGCUGAAGAAAGCACAGCCAUCAUUGCUGUGGUGCAGAAAAUGAUUGAAAAUUAUGAGGCCCUGUUCAUGGUUUCCCCGGACCUCCAGAAUGAAGUGCUGAUCAGCUUGCUGGAGACCGAUCCUGAUGUGGUGGACUAUUUACUCAGAAGAAAGGCCUCCCAAUCCUCAAGCCCUGACAUGCUGCGGUCAGAAGUUUCCUUUUCGGUGGGAGGAAGGCAUUCGUCCACAGAUUCCAACAAGGCCUCCAGCGGAGACCUCUCCCCUUACGACAACAACUCCCCCGUGCUGUCCGAGCGCUCCCUGCUGGCUAUGCAAGAGCCCGGCCCGGCCCCGGGGGGCCCCGAGCCGCCGUGCCGAGGACAAGAGCAGUACGCGCUGGGGGGCCACUUGCCAUCACUGAAGUCAAGGGAGAGUUCUCCUGGACCACGGCUUGGAAAAGAUACAUCAGAGGAACCUUUUAAUAUCUGGGGAACCUGGCAUUCAACUUUAAAAAGUGGAUCUAAAGACCCAGGAAUGACAGGUUCCUAUGGAGACAUUUUUGAAAGCAGCUCCCUCCGACCGGGGCCAUGUUCCCUUUCUCAAGGGAACCUGUCCUCAAAUUGGCCUCGGUGGCCGGGCAGCCCCACAGAACUGGACAGUGGGAUGCAGGUCAUUCGGAGGACUCAGACCACAGCCACCAUCACAGAGUGCCGGGCCCACCCUCCCGUGUCCCGGGUCUGCAGCACGCCCCAUAUCCAGGGCGGCAGCAGGAGAUCGGAGCUGACCACGCCAAGGUCGGAGCAGUAUUUGACUCUGAGCAGCGCAGAAGACCUCACCGAGAGCGAGCUGGAUGUGGCCUGGCUGCAGAGCCGAGCCCGGCCUCUGCACCAGAGACCUCGAGAGGGCGCGAGGCAUGACAGCAGGCCGCCCCCUCCUUACCCAGGCGCAGGGAAGCAAGCUUCAGCCUCGGCCCACCAGCCAGCGGAGCCGCUGCUGUGGAGGCGGCAGAGGUCGGAGGAAGGCUCAGGACCAGCAUUGGAAGAGGGAAGCCAAGCAGCCGAGCAAGAACAUCAGGCUGCCCAGCAAAAACUGAGCAGUGCCUGCCCCAGUCCCGCCAGCGACCAGAACAGUAAGGCCGUGGGCGAGCCCAACUGGCUCGACUGGCAGAGAGAGCGGUGGCAAAUUUGGGAGCUCUUGUCCGCCGACAACCCCGAUUCCCUCCCGGAAACACUGGUAUGA